GGAAACGGAAACGGAAAAGGUCUAACAAGCCCGGUGCAGGUCGUACAGUGACUCCCAAUGAAGCUAGUGGCCGAGACGCAUCAGAGGCGGCUGUGGCAGAUUAAUCUCGGUAACUAUUCCAGGGACCAACCCUUCAGGCGGCAGGGGGCGGGAUCGGGAUCGGAUGCGAAAGUGCCCAAUUGUGCAUAAUAGGAAUGAUUACAGCAACUAUAAUUGAAAUGUACGAUCUCAGUCGCUCAAAGAUAAAACUUUAUUUUAGUGACUCAGAGUAUAAACGCGAGAAAUUCUGCGGAUCACGUGGUAUGUUGAGAGUAUCAUCGACGUAAGCAAUCACACCAUACCCCCGCUCUGACUCUAUUAAAAAAGUGUCUCUGUGCCCGUAGAGAAACAAACAUAACAUAACAUAUCCGAAACAUGGCUCAGAUACCCAUUGACGAUGGAGCUCAGCGGCCCCUCCUCAGCGAAUAUGAUGAGACGACUUAUAGUGCUGUAGCUGUUGAGCACAGCGGCACUUUCAGGCGCAACCUUGGCGCCCUUGAAGCAUUUGCUAUUGUGAUCAGCAUUGUUAUUGGCAGUGGUGUGUUUACAUCCACGGGAUCGAUCGAUGCGAAUGUGUCGUCCCCCGGUGUGGCCCUAGCGGUCUGGCUGGUUGGUGGGGUGUUGGCUUGGACAGGUGCAAGCACGCUGGCGGAGCUGGGGACUGCGAUUCCGGGAGAAGGUGGCGUGCAACCAUAUCUGCAGCGUGUGUUCGGCGACGUGGCAGGCUUCCUGGCUGCAUGGACCUGGGUUGUUGCCGUGAUGCCGGCGACGCUGGCGAUCUUAAGUAUAGUAUUUGUGGAGAGCAUUUUCACGGCGGCGGGAGUGACAGACCAGGCAGGGCGGUGGGAGCAUAAGCUCCUGUCUGUGCUGGUGCUUGUGGCCAUUAACGGAGCGAACUCGAUCAGCACGAGGGCAAGCACACGGCUGAACAACUUUUUCGUAGUGACGAAGUUUGUGAGUAUAGCUGGGGUCGUACUGGCCGGCGCAGUGGUUGUUGUUCUAGGGGCCGCGGAUCCGGAGAAGGACGUGGGGGGGAGGGAUUGGGCUACGAAGCCGUGGUUCAGAUUUCGUGAUAGCAUCGCCCCCGAUGGGAGUACGAUUCACUGGGGCGAGCUAAGCACCUGGGAGACGCUGGGCCACUAUUCUACCGCACUUUAUGGAGCGCUGUGGGCAUAUUCAGGGUGGGAUAAGGCAAAUUAUAUCACGGCUGAACUCUCAUCACCAGCCCGGCAGCUCCCUCUGGCAAUCAAUACCGCCAUCCCAGUCAUAAUUGCCUGCUUCAUUGCUACAAACACAGCAUACUAUAUCCUCCUCCCAUGGGAUAUCAUUGCGACAACUGACAGCGUGGCUGUGACUGCCAUCACCAUACUCCUCGGACCCUGGUUCGGCAUCGUAGCCGCAACCUUAAUAUGUCUAGUUGUGGCUGGCUCCUUGCUUGGAAACUCCUUCGUAGCUAGCCGCAUGGCUGUUGCGGCUGCGAACAAGAACUGGCUACCCCAGCCUCUCGCUCUCGUUGGCCGCAUAGGCGCUACGCACCUCAGAGGCACCCGGCCAGACUCUUCGAAGCCGUCUACAUCCGACGCCCCGAUCAAUGCCUUGCUACUAUCUACAGUACUAUCUACGCUGCAUAUCCUUCUAGGCGACUUCCGCUCGCUCAUCACACUCAACGGAAUUGGCGAGUUCUCAUUCUUCUUCCUUACGGUCGUGGCCGCGAUAAUUUUGAGAUUUCGUGAGCCGGACCUACAUAGACCGUAUAAGACUUUCUUAAUAGUGCCGGUGACGUUUGCGAUGGUGAGCGGGCUGGUUGUUAUCAGGGGGGCGGCGUUUGCUCCUGUGCAAGCAGCGGUCUUGAUUGGGGUUUGGGUCGUAGGCGUGGUAUUUUACUGGGCGAGGAAGGCAUGGGCAAGGGCUGUAGAGGAGUAAGAAGGAUUCAUAAAUAUGAGCGAGAACAAGUAACAAAAGAGGAGCAUCAGAUUUGCAUUUAAAGCUGGGAACGAUAAGUGGCACAAUCAUCCGCGUCGUAUUCUUGAAUGGGUACUGGUGCUGCCCAAAGGUCCGAAGAGGGGCUGUACAUAACAACAGCGAUUGUAGAAUCUAGAAUUUAACUAAAGGCAUUCAGUCACUGACGGUUGCAACCAGUAAGGAAGUUACUAACAAAUGAAACUGAGAUGAUAAUCUCUAUGGG